UUUUAAACCCACCCCGAAGAGUCCGCUUACGUUCAUUCGCUCAUCGCGUAGAAGUAUUGCGAUCAGCAUUAUCUCUUUCCUUUCACGAUCAAUGUUUCCAUACUGCAGGAUCCAAGCUUCACAAUGAAAUGCGGGGAAGCUGGUCUGCUCCCUCAUUGGCACGAUCCCGUAUCAGAUGCGUCACGUCCAUAUGAUUUCUGUUUGCUGAGGGGCAGCUCAGCUUCUUAUCAACCUCUGCCUUUCUUCCUCGAUUGAAACAUCUUUGUUUUCAUUCUUCUCAGCUUGUAGUCACUCCAAAUCCAGUCACUCGCCUGCACCAACAACCCUAAGUUCGAUUAAAUAUGCCUUCCCCAUUCCACCAGAAGUACUCCUCUCAGAACCACAGAUUCUUCGGUUCUGAUCCCACCCCCGCAAUGCCCGAGGGGCCAAAACAAGAGACAGACCGGAGAGCAUCAGAUGCCUCAAUAGGGCCUCCACCUUCAUCACCAACUGAACGCAGAAGAUCCUCCACAACAAACCGAUUCGCAGCUCUAGAAGCUUUGAAGAGGCCUACUGAUGCAGAGUCCGCGACCCGACGAGCCAGUCUCCAAGACUCAGCGAUUGGAAAGCCCGGUAUCUUCGGCUCAUGGUGGAAUAAUUAUACUCGCGGACCAAGCGGCGCGACACCGGCACAGCAAACACCCAAGGAGCCACGAGAUACCACUACUUUGAGGCAGUAAGAGUCUCAUAUCAGAGGGGUAGGCCAAACAGACUGUUACCUUUGAGCGGGCGAUUUCCUGUGGAAAGAUUGAGUAUCUGUGAUCAAGGGAUUUCUUUCGCUUUUUUGGAAGUCUCGGUCCUCCACGCUCUAUCUAUUGGGGGAACUAGGUUGUAUUAUACGAGAAUGAUGCUAUUGACUAUUUGGGAAAAUGUUCGAAUAACG